ACCACACCUGUUUGGAUUACGGAUGGACGGGAAAAACAAAGUUGAGUUUUAAAGUGGGAAAGUUUGGACGGCUGGGAGUUUAAAGAGAGAAGAGAAGAGAAGAGAAGGUGAAAACAGAGAAGACCUUCAUCCUGUCUGGACUACAAAUUUAUUAAAACUCAAAAAAAAAAAUAAAAAAUUGGCCAACUUUGAGGUAAUUCUACCAAAAUCUUCCUGGAGUUUUUGCCUACACCAAACAAAUCUUGUCUUUUCAGCUUUUCCCAGGGUUUCAGAGUAAGAUCCUCCUUAAAGGUUUUGGAAACUUCGCCAAAUUGAUUGAUUUAUUCCUAAAUACUGGGACUUUUCGGGAACGUUGCUGGAAUUUUAUUGGAGUGCUGCACCAUUUUUUUGCUGUCACUUCAAAUAAUUUCUUGCAAACAAAUCUGGUUUGACUUUGAGAGGAAUCUCUCACAUUCAAAAUCUGCGUCAUGGCUCCAUCUAUCAGCCUGUGGCUGUGUCUGUACCUGCUGCUGCUGUUUACAGAUGCAAAGAGUGUUGGGCAACAUGACGGUCAGCGUGACACCCUUGAUAAACCCUCGUCUCAUGUCAAACUGGAACCCCUCUGGACCACCAAGCAGCUCAAAGCUCGGGACAACUCCUACACCCCCGACCAAAGCGCCCCCCUCCCCGAGAUGCUGGACCUGGAUGUGGAACAGCACCGCCGCCUGGCUCGAGGCGCUGACGAGGACGAGCAACAGUCCACAUUCAGUCAGUCCUUUGAGAACGACUCAGUGACACCACCACAGGCCACUGAGUUCAACAACGUGACAAAGAUAGCAGCAGGGGGCAGUGGUGAGGAUGAUGAUGUCAAUCUCCAUGGAAACACCACCACCUCCAACAGUGACACCCCAGGACUCUUCAACCCAUUCUACCCGCUGGCGGAGAGCUCAUAUGCGGCCUACGCCAUCCUGUUCCUGGCUGGCCUGGUGCUGGCGGUGGGUGUGGUGGGAAACAUGGCGGUGAUGUGCAUUGUCUGGAACAACUACUACAUGAGGUCUGCCUGGAACUACCUGCUGGCCAGCAUGGCAUUCUGGGACUUCUUGGUCCUGGUGCUCUGCCUCCCAGUGGUGGUCCUAAACCAGCUCUCCCAUAGGAGGAUCCUGGGUGACAUCACCUGCCGCUUGGUGCCUUAUAUGGAGGUCGUGUCUCUGGGCAUCACCUCCUUCACUCUGUGCGCUCUGGGCAUCGACCGAUUCCACGCCGCCACCUCGUCGUCCCAGCCGAAGGCUCGGCGGGUGGAGCGCUGCCGCUCAGUCCUGCUGAAGCUGCUGCUGGUGUGGCUCGGCGCUCUGCUGCUGUCCAGCCCCGAGAUCUUCCUGUGGCAGCUGAGCCAGGCCGUGUCCCCCUCCACCGGCCGGCUGGUGGACUCCUGCACCAUCACCACCUCCUCUCCGCUUUCCCUCUACCUACCUGACUCCCUCCACUCCCUGCUGCUCAGGUAUCACCAGGGUCGUAUGUGGUGGUGUUUCGGCUGCUACUUCUGCCUCCCCGUCCUCUUCACCAUCCUCUGCCAGAUGGCCACCCGCAACGUCAACAGCGACGCCCAAAAGCAGCGUAACCAUGACGACCGCUCUUCCAAUCAGAAGCGUCAGCAGCACCAGGCGGUGGAGAGGCAGCUGAACUGCACACUGCUGGCGUUGGCUGUGGUGUACGGCAUCUGCGCUCUGCCCGAACACGUCUGCAACAUCACCCUGCAGUAUCACCCCAGCCUCACCGUCUCCGAGGACACGGCCUCCAUGCUGGCUCUGUUACAUCACUUCCUGUUGUUCUUCAAGUCAUCAGUGACACCGGUGCUGCUGCUCUGUCUCUGUAAGGCUCUCGGUCAGGCCUUCAUGGACUGCUGCUGCUGCUGCUGUCAGGAGUGUCAGCCAACCACGACUCAAGGCUCGCCAGGUUCUGCCCAGGUCAAACUGAAGGCAGCCAAUGAGACGUCCAUCUUCUUUGAUAAGGCUAAAGACACGUCAGCCAUCUUGUCCAUCUCCAGCUAGAGCCAUGGGUCCGUCUUUAACCAUCAGUCCAUCACUUCCUCCUCCAUAAAUCAAACCCAUCCAUUCUCCUCUUCUUCUUUCCAUCCUUUAUGUUCGUUAACUGGUCAGUUUCCUUUCUCCUCCCUCCAGUGUUUGCUGUGAACCCUGUUCUCCUCCUCCUUCAUCCAUCCAUACUUCUCUCACUCUCUUCCAGAACACUCAAUGAUCAUCUCCAUCCUUCUGUCCUCUCCUCCUCCAGAGUUCCAGAGUUUUGUAUGAUAUUCCUCUAUGGACACAGUGUUUCCUCUCCAGCUUCCUCUCUGUGCAGGAAAUGAGGUUUAAUCUGUAGUGAGAUUAGAAAUGUUGCUGUACUUGCACAACCAGCUGUUGUAAAAGCAGGAGCCUGUUUCAGGACUCUCCCAGCGGACUCUUCCCUCCAGCUCCCUGCUGAAAUGUUUGUCAAGUGUGAUGGAGAAACAACAGGUGCAGAAUAGACAGAAGAUUCUGGAUGUCCUUUGUCGGUUACACUUAAGAUGGAUGAAGUUUAAAUGUGCUUUAUGGAGGAGCAGCAGCUCAUUAGCUUGGUGAACCUAACAAAGGUUUGCUGCUAUGAUCUGACGCUGGAGCCACAGGUGGAGUUGAUGGAGGGCUGGGCCUUAGUUUGAAUCAAAUCAAACCAAUUGAUGUAAAAAGUAUUGAACUGUGUUCCACUGUAAUCUAUUACAGCAAAACAAACACUAUGCAACUAAUCUUAUAGUUUUUGCUUCAGUUUGUUUGAAGUCAUUAAAUUGGACAGUUUUGCAAGAAUGUUAACUACAUGUUCAAAUCAUUUGAGGCUUUAUUGGCAUGAAUGUUAUAGUUGCACUGCUGCCAAAGCUUCAUUACAGACUGAGGGUCAGCACAGGGUGUAUAAAUUACAUGACACAUUGACUUUCAGCCAACAGAAAUACUACAUUACUGCCCAGCCCUACAUUAAGAUUUCUUGAAGACAAAGCUGCUGACAAGGCAGAAAAAAGUUAAACUUCAGCGGGUGAACUAUUAAACUCAAAGGACAUGAUGUUGGUCCAUGUGUAAGUGUCCAGCACAAGAUAUGUUGCAAAGCUUUCCAUGGUAUUCAUGGUCCCUAGAGGAUGAUUCAUAUUUGCUGACCUCCUGACCUUAUGCCGGUUAGUUUGUGACCAGAAGAUAAUACGUCUCGAGCCAUUCCACAUGGGACCGAAUGAAGAGUCAAAUCUGGUCCAACUGCAUCAUGAAGCCAGUCAUUUCAAAAAUAAUUAACUGAAGGAUUGCCUCAUUCCUGCUCCCCAGGUUGGUUAGAGUUUGUAAGGCUAAACUGAAUUUCUUUAGCAGCAAGAAUGCUACACAUGAUAGAAAAUAACUUUUAAGCCUCCUGAUGAUUCAACUCCAAUUAAGAUAAUCUCAGCCUCCAAAACAGCUUUGGCUUCAAGAAAUGCUCCCACAAGUGGCAGUUCAGUCACACAGUGAUCUCAGACAUGAAUGUGAGUACUUGUGUGAAGAUAAAUCCUGACGUUGUUAAAAGGUUUGAAAGUCAUUUUUAUGAGUUGUGUUUCUGUGAAGGAUGUGGUGCUGGGUGAAGCUGCUACUCCGGUCUCUGAGGUGGUGAAGUAAACAGGGCAGGGAGGAGAUCUACAGAGUAUUUGAACAGGACUCGAACCCUCUCAGUACUGAGGUGGUCUCUUUGUACAGGAAAUUAAACUGUGUAGGAGCUUGUAUAUUAAUAUGCCUUUAGCAGUGUUUCCACUGUCAAACUCAAACAACUAGAACAAAUGAAGAAACAGAAGAUAUGAAUGUAGCUCGUUUUAAUGUUAGAUGUUUGACUAAUUACAUCUUUGUACGAAGGGAAGUCAGAUUUCAUUUUUUAUGUCACGAGAAUGUCUUUGCCUUUGUAAUAUUCAGUGCCACAGUGUUUCAUUCAUGAUGUUAUGAUGUGUGUCAGAGCCGACUGUGCCUUAGCAUCUCCUCAGCCCUCAGCCCCGGACCAUCAGUCUGAACACCAGCCAGUAGAAACUAGUCAGACUAACUCCAUCAAACUGCUGCUCAAAGGGAGAAACUGUGUACAGUACAUUUUCACCAAAUGUUUGAGGUGUACAUGUAAACGAAUCUUUAUCACGCUGGACUGACAGAGCUCUGUCAUCUUUUACUAAUUGAACAUGGGGAAAAAUGUAAUAUUAGAUCUGAUCUUUUCCAAUUGAAAAUUCACAGUGUAUAAGUGGAGUACUAAUAAUGAAGACUAUGGCUGCACCAUUUUGGACAAAAGUGACAUUGCAACAUUUUUCUUCUGUGAUAUGAAAAAAUAUAGGAAUUUUUGGUCAUCAUCCUUUCAUCCAAAUCUUUCUUUUCAGUGUUUUUCUCAUGUUCCUCGCUCAUUUUCAGGUUGAGAUCGAUGAUUGGUGAGGACUGGACCUGCUUUGGUUGUUUGAUAAACUGAUCAAGAAUGAUUGUGACUGGUGGUUCGGGGCCUGAAUGUCACUCACUAGCAAGAAACUGUAUCCAAGAACCAUUAAAUCAGUCACUUAUAGAUUAAUGAUAGAAAAUGUGAACUGUGGGAGUUUAGUACCUUUAGUACCAAGCAGAAAAAGUUGUAGAUUACAAUGUGACUAUUGGGAAUGACAAUGCUGAAAUAAUAUAUUGUGCAGCCCUAGUGAAGACUGAAUGACCACAGAUAAAGGUUAGACUAAUUGCUGUAUUUGGGAAAUGUAACCUCCUCACAGUAACAGCUUUGAAGUAACUGUGGAGGUCAUGUGAAUAUACGACACAACGUUAGUUCUACAUUGAGUUUAGGUUCAUGCUUCGAGUGCAUUCAAAUUAAUUAAAACAAAUUAAAUGUUAGUUUGAAUUUGUCUAACUUGAUUUUUUUUUAAAGUCUGACAACUCGACACAAAAAUUAGCAACACAAAAAAUGACUGGAAUGUUGUGGGUUUCUUAUUCAAGUUACAUAUGAGCGGGUUUCAAGUUUUCAUUUAUCAUGUUGCACAAAUAAACAAACCUUUUAUUAUCCCCCUUUGUUCAGUUCAUUAACCAUAUUGUAUCUACUCUAACGCUACAUGGGAACAAAUUAAUUUACCUUCUAUAUUUGGUUCUGUAAAAAGAUGAUGUGCAGGUGAAGAAAUGGAGAACAAGUAAAAUCCCAGCUGUAAAUAUGUCUGUGUCUCAGACACAGCCUGGCUCCUCUGUCAUAACUUUUUAAUAAAGGGACAGUCCACACAAAACAAAUUAACUUUAGGACCUGUCUUACAUGUCUUCUUUUAAAGUCUGUUGAGUUUUGUGUCUCCAGGUUGUUUUUAUCUCGUGAACAGGUCAUAAACCAACCAAUCACAUGUAGAGUUGGUAAUUUAUAAAUAAACGUGUAAUUUAAAACUA